AUGCUUAAUCAUUCAGAUGACAUAAAAAGUCCCUCAAAUGAAGUUAUUCAUAAUUUAAACGUAGAGGGAAGUGAUUCUGAUCUUUUUGGGGAAGAUGAUUCCAACUCUGAUCAAAUUUCGAACGGUAGGCGAUUUUUUGAGAUUGAGAAAGACAAUAGUGUUCAAACCUAUGCGAAUACAAAUGACAAUAUAAACAAUAACUUUGUCGAUGAAUUUGAGGUUGUUAACAAUAUAGGGCUCCGAGAGCCAGUAAAUUAUUUUGGGAUAGAUAAUAAUGAUCGAGUUUUAUUAACUUUAAAACUCCCAGAACGUCUCAAAGUUGUAAAUAAGACAAAUAUAAAUGAUAAUACAAUAGAAAAUGAUUUUAGCAUCACAGGUGGUAUUAAUAGUGAAGGAGGUACAUAUUCUAAUUCCAAACUAGUCUCUUGGAGUGACGGAACUUACUCUUUAAUGAUUAAUAAUGAAGUUGUAUAUGAUUGUGUAAUAGGGUAUGACAAAGCAUUUAUUUUCGAUGACACCUUUGACCAAAAGUAUAAAAUUUGUUUGGGAAGAGUAGAUAAAAAACUAACAAUUAGACCUAGAACAAUUGAAAAAAAUAAACUACUUAAAGACUCUCGCUCUAGAGCCAUGAUCCCCACAACAUUAGAGGAGAUAAACAAACAAGAAGUCGAAUCUAGAAGAAGAUUAGAUGAACUAAAUGCCAUCUCAUCGAUAAAAUAUCAGCAAAAAAAAACAAUUUUUGCCUCCGAUUCGAAAAGAAAGCAGAUGACAAGUUAUUUCUUAGAAGAAUCAAGUGAAGAGUCGGAGUAA